AUGGAAAAGGGCCACUCUCACACGUCGGGCUCCGACUUUGAGUCCGACUCGCAACACGACCACCACCACCUGCCUCAAGCCAACAAGACGAGCGCGAUGCGCACCGUCGACACGGCGCGGAUAGCCACCACGGCGCUGGCGCUGCUCAUGGGCGCAACUGUGCUGGGCGUGUCGGCCAACACGCUCGCCGUCUACGACGCCACCCACGUCCCUUACGACUUCUUCCUGCCGCUGUGGCCCGACGAGUUCAACAUCCGGCCCACCGUGGCCCUUGUCGUCGGCAGCACCAUCGUCAUUCUCGCCAACAUUGCCGCCCUGUGCUUUAGCAAGGUCCGCGUGCUCCGAAACAGAACCACAGCGCACACGUCGCUCACGUUCGCGGCGCCGCUCGUCGGGCUCGCCGCCGCGCUCAUCGCCAUCGCCUUCUUCUACGCCGUCAACGCCGACGCCACCGUCGACACGUUCCUGUCGUGGACCUGCCGCUGGCAGGCCCUGCCCAUGGACCAGUCGCCGCGCUGGGCUGACCUGUGCCGCCAGAGCCACGCCGGGCUCUAUCUUGCUAUCCUGCUCAUCCCCGUCGAGGCCGCCGCGCUGGGGCUCGCGGCGUAUCAGUUCCGUGCCGAGCGCGGGCAGGUGCAGAAUAGUAGGGAGGGGCGCAAAGGCGGGAGUCCGGUUUUGUCGUGA